AUGCUUCGUCAAUCCGUCAUCCGUCCUGCCGUCAUGGCCAACCGGUCGCUGCUGACCCGUUCCUUCUCCGUCGCCGUGCCCCGAAUGGGCGAGGGUGACACGGGGGCUCCUCGCGCUGGAGGCGCCGCUUCUGGGGAUUCCUUCACCAAGCGUGAGGCUGCUCAAGAGGCUCUCUACAUCCGUGAGAAGGAGAUGGAGAAGUUGGCCCAGCUGCGCAAGAAGAUCUCUGACCAGCGUGCUCACCUUGACGAGCUGGAGAGCCACAUUGACAGCUUGACCAAGGACCACUCCGGGAAGAAAUAG